AUGAUGAUGACUGAUGAAGAAAAGAGAUGGCUUGUGGUUGGAAUUGCUAUGAACAAAGAGGCUGCUCCAGUCUUACGAGAUUUCAUCAAACAAGAAAUGAACACCCAUUACACAAACCUGGACGCCUACUGCAGCGGCCUGACUCCAAGUUGUACGUUAAAAACACUGACUCGCCAUCAGGUCACUGCUGAUCGCACCCUUAAAAGACUGAAGUUUCAGAAUAUUAACAACAAUCUUCAUUUGCAUGGAAAAUCCACCAGUCGGUACAAUUACAGCAUUAAUGAUCCAGUCGAGCUUGCCAAGCUUUAUCUGCCAGAUUAUCUCGCGCAGUUUUCGGCCUUCGAUGAGUCACUGGACAUAAGUGCCAUACUUCGCUUGUUAGGGUUUACUAAUCCUGCUCCCAUCUUCCCCUCUCCAUAUCCAUCAAUUCCCAUUCAGUCCUCAGCUGAUGAUGUCAGGGAAAAUGUCCGGAACAAAUGGGGCCACUGCAAUCUCAGUGACUGGACGGAAGUUUUUUUUAAGGAUUGUUUCCUCAAGCUGAAGAGAUUGGUGAAUAGUCUGGGACUCCCUGUCGGAAAGGAGACGACCAUUUUAGAUCGGCUUUCAGAUUGGCAGACCAAAGGUACAGAAAUAUUUUUGCUGUUAAGUGGAAACAUGCUUGCAUAUGCAUUUAAACCUCAGCAAAACGUUGCAAUUAUUUUACUGAAUGGCUUGGAAAAUUUGACUUGAUUAAAGUUUGAUACGUAUGGUCCAUUUUACGCCCCCACGGCCAUGCCUUAAGUUAGGGAUAAUUUUCACACACAAUCCUUCGUUCCAUUGUAUUCUCAUCGAAGUACUCCUCAUCGUAGCCAUUCUUUGGGUUGUUCUGCAAUGUUCCCCUAAGGGAAGAAGGUGUUAGACAUUUAUUACUUUCUACACCGCGACUACGAAGGAGACUAGUAUCGAACUGUUUGUUUGUUUUCUUGUUUGUAGGUUGCCAGCUGUGUAUGGGUCAUGCUGUAGAUCAACAGCUUCUUUCUCUGGUUCAGCAAAACGUUAAAGAUCUUAUGGCAAACUACGUGGAAACUCAGGCAGAGCUAUCAACCUUACAAGAUGAAGUUGCCCUUCUCCGAGAUGAACACGCUACAGCGCAAAAUCAGUGGCAAAAACAUGAGGAACAGCUAGGAGGAAUGAAAGAAUGGAUAGAAGAGACCAAGGGAAUACUAGAGAAACUUCAGACUGCCGAGAAAUAUUUUCAGGUGGAAAUUCGUAUGCGCUUACAACAAGUAGAAUCACGGCUUGCUGAGUCAGCUGAAAAAGUACAAGAAUUGAAGAGUGGUUUUUGUGAGACAAAUGUCAGAGUAGUACAACUGCAGGAAGGUCUGGCCGAGACAGACGUCAAAGUGGAAAAAGUACAGGAAGGUCUCACUAAGACAGAUUUAAAAAUGGAACAACUGCAGGAAGGUCUGGCCGAGACAGAUGUCAAGGUGGAAAAAGUGCAGGGAGGUCUGGCCGAGACAGAUUUGAAAAUGGAGCAAUUGCAGGGAGGUCUGGUCCAGAAAGAUGUCAAAAUGGAACAACUGAAGAAAGAACUGGGCGAGACAGACGUCAAAGUGGAACGACUGGAGGAAGACAUGAGCGAGACGGAUGUCAAAAUGGAGAAAGUGAAAAUUGAGGUUACCGAGAUGGGCGACAAAGUCAAAGAACUGGAACUGGUUUUGAAAGAUCAAAGAAUGAAGGCAAAUGUCGUGGGUUAGUUUGACUUACUUGUUCGAACAAAGCUUUUAUUCCUCAUUAUUGAUAAUGACUGAAGCGGAUUUUUUGACACGUAUAUUCUUUGAAAAUGCCUCCUCCAAUUAGAUGAAAAUUAAAAUUACAGCCUUGAGAACGAUUUUACUUAUAUCUUUUAAAUUGGAGAGAUGUUUGGGUAUUUAAAAUUAUAUCACUUCAUGGUCCAAACAUUUGGCUUAUCCAAAUGUAAUUUAAAUCCGGAUUGUCUUUUGUUUUUGUCACCAGAAUCUCCUUCUGCGGAACGUUUCGAUGUGAAUACCUGUCGCAGUAAACUUGCAGAACGUUACAAAAGAACCGCCACGGUACCUACCUCUGUCUGGUCUAAGAAAUCUCUCGUGGACAUGAAGCAGCUUUACACUCGACUGACCUGGGUGAAAGAGGAACUAACUCCAGAAGGAUCAUCAAAGCCUGAAUUGAAUCACUAUACUGAUGUAUUCAAUGAAAAAAAGAACGGGUAUGCAGCGAAUAGGAUACUCGUGCAAGGGGAGACUGGUAUAGGAAAGACAACUUUUGUGAAGAAAAUGGGUUUGGACUGGGCUGAACUUGUGGACGAAAGAACGAUUGGCAAACACCAGGAUUCAAGAACCAGGUAUGGUGCUGAGAGUGUGAGUCAAGGUUGUGAAGAAUCCUCAAUGAAUAGAAUGAAGAGGGAAGAGUCGGUCAAGGUGAGCAAAGAUGAGGUAAAUCCAUUGAAGAGAUUUGAGCUCGUGCUCGCUAUUAAUCUGAAAGAGGUGUCCAAAUACUCAAGUUUUCGAGAUGUUGUUUGUCGCAGUAAUAUUUUUCCAGAGGAAGACACAGCCAUGGCAGAACAGCUUAUUAGUUACAUCACCCAUAAUCAAGAGAAAGUUUUGCUGGUGUUCGAUGGCUACGACGAAUAUCGCUGCGGAACCACCUCUGAUAUCUACGAAAUUUUCAUGGGCAAUAAACUGAGAAACUGUUGUGUGUUAAUCACAACUCGAAUUUCCAAUGCUGACGAUCUACUUGGUCAGUUCAAAGCUGUUCACGCUGAAAUCACCGGGUUCAGUAAAGAAGACAGAGAGGCCUUUAUGUGCAAAAUGCUCGGGAGCAAAACAGAAGCUGUCCAGCUAAAGUGGCAUCUGUACGAAGAGGGGCUGUUCGAGUUAGCCCGGGUUCCGUUACUUCUUCUCUUUUUUUGCACGUUGUGGAAAAAAGGAAAGGUGAACAGCUUUCCAGAAACCAAAACGAAGUUGUAUAAAGCGAUCGUACAGUACGUUUUGGAUCAUAGUCAAGGAAAGAGUUCCCCUGCUCACUUCCACGAGAUAGGCAAGUAUGAGGAUAUUCUGGUUGAAAUCGGAAAGGUGGCUCUAGAAUGUCUUUUAAAGGAUGAUCACGUGUUCGAGUUUGAUCAACUGUCUGCUUCGAUUAGUUGUGAAGAAAGCCGUUUCAUAGGCUUACUUCAAGUCACCGAAUUCUCGGAAAAUCUUCGACCAGCAGGAAUGGUAUCGUUUAUUCACAAGAGCAUACAAGAGUUCCUAGCAGCGUGGUAUAUUACCUACAGAUGUAUCCCUGAAGGAGAUCUUGGUGAUUUAAAAGAAUGCACUCGUUCCAUUGAAGAUUGUCGAGUAUUUGAGAACGUUUUCCAAUUUAUUUGCGGUUUGUCUGACGAUGGAGCUCAUAAAGUUUUUGAGCACAUGGCAACUGUUAGAAUCUCUAAUUCUAAACUGGAUUUAUUGAAAGCACUCUCAGCCAUCGAACGUGAACUAGACUGGAAUUCUUACCACGGUACCAACUUCAUGUAUGAGACCUUCAUGCGGUUACUUUACAAAUCCUUUCAUGAAGUUCAGUCCAAAUCUAAGCUGUUAAAUCAUUGGUUUGAAUGCGCUGGAGGAACUGUCUUGGUCACUAAGCAGCUAGUUCAACUUCUUAAAGAGACAAAGGUCAACAAUUUCACUGACUUUUCAGAUGUUUCGUUUUUAAUGGUUCGUAGUAAAGAAGAAAUUCUGCUCGAGGUGGCACAGUGUCUGGACUGCCUAGACAUAACCCUUAGAAAUUCUGAGACGGAGUUCACACUUAGAGAUUUUUUGGUCAAUUUGAAGACGCAUCGGGAAUGUUAUUUCUGCAGGUACACUUUCGUUCUAUUAUCUCGCAAUCGUCAGUUUCAGUUCUACAUUAGAAGUCUAAGACUGUGUUGUGAUUUAACUGGCAGACUAUUUACAGGAACGGCUGUGACGUCAGUUCAAUCUUCCUCCGAAAAGUGGUGGUCAGAACUGAGAUAUUUACAUUGUGGUGGUAUGGUGAACAACUCAACUUUGAAAGCGCUAAGUGGGGUUAUCAGUAAUUGUGAAUGCCUAGAAAGCCUUAUCAUUGAAAGGGCUGAUGGUUCUGUCUGUGAUAUUUUGAAAUCAGUACCAAAUCCGAGUAGGUGCACGUUGCAGAUUGGUUCCGUACGUGAUAGUCAGUGUCACCUGAUUGCAUCAGAAGCAGAGAAACUUGCUGCUCUACUUCCAAAAUUCACUAACAUCUUUCGCCUGAAUCUGGCCCUUACGUGGUGCUUUGCUGCAGAAGUAGAGAAACUUGUUGUUAGUGUCAAUCAUGUGACUCUGAAGGGUCUUUUACUGAAUGGAAUCAGCUUAACACCAUCAUCCGCUUCAGUUCUCGGGCAGUCACUCCCUGAAAUGUCGUGCUUAGAGAAGCUCAUUUUAGUUGGUGGAAGUAAAGGUGUUUUGCCAGUGAAGGCGCUGUUCGGCGGAUUUCACAAAACACUACCUUUAAGUGAGCUUUGGUUUAUGGAUUUUAACAUCGGAGGCUGUAUUGCUCCCUUAAGCGACAGUUUGCGCUUCUUUCCCCAAUUGCGACGCCUAAAACUCCAUUCUAUCACCUGGAAUGAGCAUAACUUGCUUCAUUUGUUCAGGAAUCUUGAAUUUAUUCCGCGUUUGGAGACUCUUUCUUUAACUGGAACACUACAGAGUGACUCAGAGGAAGACGUCAGAGGAUGCUCAGAGGAAGAAGUCAUGCAGGCCAGCUUCACCCACCAAACUCUCAACAGGCUGUGCCUAUCAAAUGUAAGCCUGACAUUAGCAGUGGCCAAGUUGCUCGGCCAGUUGAUUCCUGAGAUGUCGGCGCUAAAAAAAUUGCGAAUUUAUGAGAGAGAUGAUAUAAUUUACGAGAGAAAUGAUAGAAUUUUGCAAGACGGGGAAGUUGAGCUGCUGUUUGGUGGAUUUAAGGAGCGUUUCCCCUUGCAGCAGUUGGCGUUUCAUAAAUUCAGCGUGAAAGGCCGUCUUGAUCACCUUAUUAACAGUUUGCAGUUGUUUCCCGAAUUACAAUGGGCAUAUGUUCACAUUGACAUUAAUUUCAUUAUUAAUGACGCCAAUUUUCUUGUUUUUCUGGAGUGCUUAAGAAAUAUUCCUAAUUUACACAGAACAAGCAUACAUUGCAAAUCAGUGGCUCGCGCAGAUUGUAAAGGAGAAGGGAACUCGGGUCGGUUGCAAAUGUAUUCUGGUCGUCUAUUUCUGCUUGAUGCAAGCUUCACUCCAACAGUGGCCAGGGCACUCGGUAGGCUGAUUUCUGAAAUGUCGUCUUUGAAAGAAUUUACGUUUUCUCAUUCUAACUGUAGUAACAGUGAGAAUGAUGAAAACACUUUGGAAGGUGAGGAAAGCAGCCGAAGCAUUGGGUCAGUGUCUUCCAAGAAUGUCUUCCCUAGCAACAUUGGAGCUUAUCGGUGUGGAUGGAAGUGUGUUGCAAGCCGAACAAAUGGAUGCUCUGUUUGGAGGUUUCAGCGAGGAAUUGCCUUUGUGCCGGCUUAUUGUCCAGCGUUUCAGCAUGAGAGGCUGUCUUGCCCCACUUUGCGACUGUUUGCGCUUCUUUCCUAA